UGUACUAAAGAGAAUGUAAAAUGACAAUGAGCGCAUUAAAGGUUCCAAUAAAUUAUAAAUAUUUAGAAGAAGAACUUAACGAGGCUCUUGCAGCCGAUAAAUUAUAUCAAUUACAAAAUAGUGCUAAAAUUCGAGCGGUUGAGCAAAGAGUGCCGACGUAUGAACACUUUAGACAAAUGGUAAAUGGUGCUCACUUAAAAUCUCUGGAUCGCAAUGAUAUGAAACCUAAUGUUGGAGUGCAGUGGAAUCCCACGAUUAACACUAUUAAACCCCAUAAUUUAACCAUGUAUACAGCUUCGGAAAAAUUGAGCUGUAAUAAAGAGGACAGUAAAAAUAUUACAAGAAUAUCUCCAAAAACAUGCGAAGAGUUUUUGCAGUGUUGGAGAACAAUUUUAGACUAUUCUGAAAAAUUUAUUUAUAUAUGGAAUCUAAGGAACAUUUUACAGACUCACAUUUUUCGGAUAGAAAUACCUGCAUCUUUCUUCAGUGAUGUUAUUAAUGUUUGUCUACAAUAUUUGUCAAACAUAGACGAUAUAACAUCAAUUAUAGAACUUCUCAAUAUACUGAGCACAUGUAACAGAUUCAAUCUAAUGAUGUGUUUCAUGACAAAAGAAGAACGAUCUACAUGCCAGCAACUUUUCCAGCAAUUGCAACUCAAAGGAAGGUCCCAGGAUAAAUGGUUAAAAAGUGCAAUCGAAUCAUUAACUGCAAAAUAUCAAAUAAAUUUAAGUAACAUGAUAUAAUGCAUAUUCCUCGUACAACUAAAAUAAUCUAUACAAUAUAAAAUAAAAAAUGGAUAAAACAAUAAGUAAUUGAAGACUGUUUUUAGAUAAUUCACUUUUAGAUAGUUCACUGAAAUUAACU